GGACAGGAGCACAACACAACCAGCAUCAGUUUCUUGAAUCAGAAAGAUGAUCUGCUACAAGCUCUGCAUUCUCAUCUCUUUGGUGGUCGUUGGCUACUCCAACCCAAUGGGGCCCAGAGGGCCACGUACUAAUAAAGAAGAUGAGACCAUGGCUGAGGUGACAGGACCGCUGAAUGAAGAGAAAUUCUGUGACUUUCCUGAUGUUGCAGAGUACAGAGUUUAUAAUACUAAAUGGAACAAACUUGACCUGACCUACAGAAUUGUGAACUACACAUCUAAAUGGAGCAAUGCCAAUGUGGAUUCUGGAAUUGCAAAAGCCGUACAGUGGUGGUCAGAUGUUACUCCCCUCAAAUUCACUCGUAUCUUCAGUGGAACCGCUGAUAUUAUGAUUGGGUUUGUAAAAGGAGACCAUGGUGACGGUAACCGCUUUAAAGAAAAUACUUUAACACUAGCUCAUGCGUCUAAGCCAAAUCAUAUUCCUUACAGUUUUCUCCAUUUUAACGAGGAAAGAGUAUCUGACUUCAGUGAGGAUUGGGAGACGUUUGUAUCUGUGACUGCCCAUGAGUUUGGACACAACUUAGGUCUUGAUCAUUCCCAGGAUAAUAAUGCAGUGAUGUUUAACGUUAACAAUAAAAGGAAGGCUUGCCUCAACUCCGAUGACAUCAAGGGUAUCCAGUCACUUUAUGGUGCUAACCCGGAUAAAACACUUCUUCCAAAAUGUUGAGAAGUUUGACUUCUAUGACAACAAGUUGACCCGUGUCCUGAUCAACAACACUUUUCUGCGCUGUUUGUUGAGUUUUUCACAGCACAGCAAUGCUCUGUCCGCCUGAAGGAAAUAAAAAAGAACCUACCAGUAUUUCAAGCCUAUUAUUGAGUUAUUUGUGGGUAAUCUGCCUUUAAAAGUUGUUUACAGAACAACAAAACUUGUGUUUGAACGCUUAUGCAAUUAUUAAAUAAACUGCUGCAUCUGAAUA